ACGGACCCUCGCCCUGCUCCCCCCCUCCUCCUGGAGCUCCAGCGCCUGUUUGGAUUACUAAUGGACGGGAAAAACAGAGUCCAGGUUUAAAGUGGGGAAACUUAGGAACAUUGGGGAGUUUAAAGACACAAGUCUGAGAAGAGAAGAGAAGAGAAGAGAAGAGAAGAGAAGAGAAGAGAAGAGAAGAGAAGAGAAGAGAAGAGAAGAGAAGAGAAGAGAAGAGAAGAGAAGAGAAGAGAAGAGAAGAGAAGAGAAGGUGAAAUCAGACGACACCUUCACCCUGUCUGGACUACAAACUAAUUUAAAAUCUAUUGGACUUCUUCACAAAAUUCUGCACUUCUUCAUCAUUCGCAACUUUCCGUAUGGUAAACGUCUAGUGAAGAGCUCCCAACUUUGACCAAAUUCAACCAAAAUUAUUUCUGGAAUUGUCGUCUUCCUCGAACAAACCACAAAUCGUCUUUUCAAGGAACUACGAUCCCGACUUGCAUCUUACCGAAACGCUUCGGAGACUUUUCAAUUAUCAGAUUGAUCAGAAUUUAAGCUCUGCACCCAAUUCGGCAUACAUAUUCUGUUUUCACAUAUUUUAAACUACAGAAAAAAAACACAGAUUUGAAAGUUUAAUAGGAUACUUUUACAUUUCAAAUCUGCAUCAUGGCCCCGUCAGUCACUCUGUUGUUGUGUCUGUUCCUGCCGCUGUUAUUUACGGACGCAAAGAGCGCCGAGCAGCGCGACAGUCAUAGCGACGCCCGCGACAAACCGUCCUCUCUCGUCAAACUGGAGCCUGCUUGGACCACCAAGCAGCUCAGGACCGGGGAUGACACCCCGAACCGGAGCCUCCCCCUCCCCGAGAUGUUGGAUCUGGACACAGAGCAGCAGCACCGCCGCCUGGCCCGCGGCGCCGAGGAGGAGGAGCAGCAGUCCACCUUCAGCCAGUCCUUCGAGUACGACUCUGUGACGGCGCCGCAAGUCACCGAGUUUGACAACGGGACAAAAGUGGUAGCGGGAGACAGCGGUGAUCACGACGAUAACGCCAACCCCCACAGCAACACCUCCAGCUCCGACCACGGCGCCCCGGGACUCUACAACCCCUUCUACCCGCUGGUGGAGAGCUCGUAUGCGGCCUACGCAGUCCUUUUCCUGGCUGGCCUGGUGCUGGCGGUGGGCGUGGUGGGGAACAUGGCGGUCAUGUGCGUCGUCUGGAACAACUACUACAUGAGGUCCGCCUGGAACUACCUGCUGGCCAGCAUGGCCUUCUGGGACUUCCUGGUCUUGGUGCUUUGCCUUCCUGUGGUGGUCCUCAACCAGCUCUCCCAUAGGAGGAUCCUGGGUGACAUCACCUGCCGCAUGGUGCCUUAUAUGGAGGCCGUGUCUCUGGGCAUCACCUCCUUCACCCUGUGUGCUCUGGGCAUCGACCGUUUCCACGCCGCCACCUCCUCGUCCCAGCCGAAGGCGCGGCGGGUGGAGCGCUGCCGCACGGUGCUGCUGAAGCUGCUGCUGGUGUGGCUCGCUGCUCUGCUGCUGUCCAGCCCAGAGAUCUUCCUGUGGCAGCUGAGCCAGGCUGUGUCUCCAUCCACGGGCCACCUGGUGGACUCCUGCACCAUCACCCCCUCCUCACCUCUGUCGCUCUACCUGCCCGACUCCCUCCACUCUCUGCUGCUCAGGUAUCACCAGGGUCGUAUGUGGUGGUGUUUUGGCUGCUACUUCUGCCUCCCCAUCCUCUUCACCAUCCUCUGCCAGAUGGCCACCCGCAAUGUCAACAGUGACUCAAGCUCCGCCGCAAAGCAGCGCAACCAGGACGACCGCUCCUCCAACCAGAAGCGCCAGCAGCACCAGGCGGUGGAGCGCCAGCUGAACUGCACACUGCUGGCGUUAGCAGUGGUUUACGGCAUCUGCGCUCUGCCUGAACACGUCUGCAACAUCACGCUGGCCUACACGCACAUCACCAUCUCCGAGGACACGGCCUCCAUGCUGGCACUGUUGCAUCACUUCUUGUUGUUCUUCAAGUCGUCAGUGACGCCGGUGCUGCUGCUGUGUCUGUGCAAGGCUCUUGGUCAGGCCUUCAUGGACUGCUGCUGCUGCUGCUGUCAGGAGUGUCAGCCAACUGCAGCUCAAGGCUCGCCAAGCUCUGCCCAGGUCAAACUGAAGGCAGCCAAUGAGACGUCCAUCUUCUUCGACAAGGCUAAAGACACGUCAGCCAUCUUGUCUAUCUCCAGCUAGAGCCAUAGAUCCCUCUUUAACCAUCAAUCCAACAUUUCCUUCUCCAUAAAUCAACCUCCUCCACUCAUCUCUUCUUUUUUUUUUUUUUACCAUGAAAUACCAUUUCUUUUUUCAUCCUUUUGUUAACCCACCAGUUUUCUUUACCUCUUUAGUCUCUGUUCCAGAACACUUGUGGAUCAACCAUCGUCUUUUCUGCAUCUUUCUUUCUGUGCUUUCUUCUUCCUCUUUCAGAGUAUCCAUUUGUAUGAUAUUGCUCUAUGGACCGAGUUCCCCCCUUCAGCUUCCUGUCUGUGCAGGAAGUGAUGUUUAAUCUGUAGUGAGAUUAGAAAAGUUGCUGUACUUGCACAACCAGCUGUUGUAAAAGCAGGAGCCUGUUUCAGGACUCUCCGAACGGACUCUUCCCUCCAACUUCCUGCUGAAAUAAUGUACGACUUGAGAAUCCUGGAUGUCUUCUUUGGUUGAUGUGAAGCUGAAGAUUUGUAUGCAUUUUAUCGGAAAGUUGCAGAUACAUAAAGCAGUUAGCAGUUUAAGCCCCUCAUGGUAGCUAGAUGAAUAAUGUUUUUAGAGUUUUUGGUUGAACGUACAUUUCCUUGAGACAGAGUCAAGUAUAACUACUUAGGUUUGAUUACUAUUAAACCUAACUGGCUGAGAAAAGUGGACAGUUCAUGCAUUGUACAUGGAAAAGGCUUUGACUUUUUUAAGACAUGAGCAGUGGGGCAGAGAUGCUGGUCUAUCAGUCAAACAAUCAGCACGAGAUCGGUUGACAUCUAUGAACAGCCAUUAACUAUAACGAUUUCUAUGAACUUCAUGGUCUACAGAGAAUACUUCUUAGUGGUUUUAGUGACACCCUAACCUUUCUUCUAGCAAAGGAUUCAACCUGAUCGAGGCUCCAGGCCUCUAAUGCUAAGUUCAGACUGCAGGCAAAUAUUAGUUGCUUCUCAAACCAGAACUUUAAAGCCUGAUUUCCACCGGGUGCGGAACGGCUGUGCCGUGGUCACCGUUGCUGAUCGCUGCAACUUUAAUCAAUGAGACCAUUUCCACCGGGCGUGCCACGCCACGUCUCAGCAGCGUCCCAGCCGAAGCUCUCCACUCUGUAGCGCGAUGAUUCUGUAGCAUUUGUAUUUUUGCCGCAAGCCGUUGCUAAAAAGCAUCAAGCUCAACAGAGCAGAUCACACCAGACAGGAAAACUCAGAAUCAACGUAAUACACUUCCGCCCCCUUUCAAAAUAAAACACAAUACGGAGUUCAUGCAGCCUAAAACUACGCGGGGCACCAGAUCAGCAAUCAAUCAAUCAAUCAAUCAAUCAAUCAAUCAAUCAAUCAAUCAAUCAAAGGGUCUCAGAGGGUCGGAGACAUGGACGACAGGAGACUGAUUGUUGAAGUGGAACAGCAUACAAUCAUUUAUGACAUAACACAUUCUUUUUCAUAAGGAUAGAUGGUCAGAUCAACAGAUCUUCCAUGUCGGAAAAGCAAAGUAAGCUGUUUAUUGUUGUUAUUUACUUUAUACACACAGUUUAUCACGGGGUCUCCCGUACGUUCAGGAUUAUAGCAUGAUCUCAUUAUCUCGCGUGUAUAUGGCUGGCUCGCUAUGCUGCUGUUACAUGUCCGUUACGCGCCCGUAGGGAAUUGGCGCCGGGCAGAAGACGGAGUAAAACCACGGCGGAGCCAUUCUGCGCCUGGUGGGAAUCCCCAGUAAGGCCGACUUGAUCCACUGUUAUUUCCAACACAUUCUCCUUCCAAAUUGUAAGAAACAAAUGCUUUGUCAUGAUCCUUGGCGUGUUAUACUGGAGCACAAGUUACCCUUUUGCGUCAGUUUUGAACACAACAGGGACAGUGUCACUUUCCGCUAGAUACUUGCAUAGUAGCUUUUCAAAAUAAACUUAAAUGUUCACAGGAAAUGGCUAACUCUAGUUAGCCAAUUUUCAAAAAUCACAUUUCAUGUGGUAUUUUGCUGUCCAGACUUUUAAAAUCAAUCUGGAUUCAAAUUGGAUUUGCCAAAAAAAUGAUUUGAGCUGGCAGUCUGAACAAGGCCUAAAUCACCACAGAACUUCCAGUGAUUCAAUCAGGCUUUAUCUGCAAUUUUUUUAAUUUUAUAUUUUUUACAGCUUGUGUUCCUGUGAAGAAUGUGCAGCUUCAUGAAUGUUUCUGAAGGGAGGAGAGUGUUGAAGUGGGGGAAGGGAGGAGAUCUGAAGAGUAUUUGAACAGGACUCGGACCUCCUCAGUACUGAGACGGUCUAUUUGUACAGAAAGUUAAACUGUGUAGGAAGUUUUAUUAAUAUGUCUGUAGCACAGUGUUUUCACUCAGACUGUCAAACUCAAAAAAAUAGAACAAAAUGAAGAAACAGAAGAAAUACAUUUAGUUAAUUCUAAUGCUAGAUGUAUAACUAAUUACAUCUUUAUAUGAAAGAAAGUGAGAUAGUAAUGUUUUUUUAUGUCACAAGAAUGUUAUGCCUUUGUAAUGUUCAAUGUCACAAUGUUAAGUUCAAAUCAAUAUGUCUCAGAGCCGACUGUGCCUUAGUGUCACCUCAGCCCUCACAUCGGACUUUCAGUGUCUGAAUCAGCAGAUACUGAAACAACUCUAGAAGUCAGACUAACAUUACUUUCACACUGAGAGCAGCCGGUUCCAACUGUUGUUUCCAAGAAAGAAAACUGCAUCUGAGGCCCCUUUCAUGCAUGCACUACAACUCUAAACGCAUUUAGACUUUAUUUUGUUGUUUUUUCUGGGAAUCUAGGAAAAGUGAUCAGCUGAUCAAUACGUUUUGUACGUUUGUCUGAAGUUGCAGUUGCAGUUUCUAUGAGAAAAAAAGUUUGAAUCAUGACCUGCAGCAAUAUAUUUUCACCAAAAGUUAUAUGCAUUUAGCACAACAUACCUUUAAUGUAGGGCUGCACAAUUAAUACAAUUUUAAUCGUGAUCACGAUUUUGGCAGCCACGAUUAAAUUAACCUGAUUGUCGGCGAUAUUUCCAUUUCAAAAUGCGGCUCUCCCGCAUAUCUCAUCAAGCACUUUCUACACCAGUAGUCCACCAACCACCAGGGUACAGGGCGGUUUUUCGCCCCUGAAAAAAGCCUGGUUGGUGAUUGGAUAGAACGCUAAGCAGGAUGUGACGUAGUACUCGACGCCACAACAACACGCGUCGUUUGUAAAAGCAGGCGAAGCAGUGUUGCCAACUUAUCGACUUUGUUGCUAUAUUUAGCGACUUUUCGGAUCCCCUUAGCGACUAUUUUUCAAAAAAAGAGACAACAAAUCCAGCGAAUUUUUUGGGCGUUAAAAGCAGUGCAAUAAAAAUACAGAUGUUUUCCCUAACAUGAUGAAUAAUCGUGAUCACAAUAUUGAUCAAAAUAGUCGUGAUUAUCAUUUUGGCCAAAAUCGUGCAGCCCUACUUUAACGCUAAAAUUCGAACAAUCGAACAUGGCAAAGAAUUAAAUGUUAAAUCUGCGGUUGCUGUUAAUACCAACAGCGUGUCCUGCCGCACUGUCAGUGAACUGCUGUUCUUUGAUAAUGCAAAAAUGGAACUAGCAGAUGUUUAAGGUUUCUUAACCAAGUGACAGAAAAGCAUCUUUCAGGAUUUCAUUAUCACGUUACAAGAAAGAAAUAAACAAUUCAUUAUUCCCCCUUUUGGCUUCAAUUCAUUACCAAUAUUAUCACUGAUCCUAAAGCUAAAAAGGAAUCAAAUAUAUUUACCUACUUUUCGGCCGCGUAGAAACUGUGAUACAAAUCAACUACAUACAGUAUAAACCACUGUUUUAGCUGUAAAAUUGUUGUAAAAUUUUCCCAACCUUUGGUAACCAUAGUGUUUUUUUUUAACCUAAGGAGUCUGCAAUUUAGCAUGAAGGUCAAGUGAGUGGAUUCAUGUGCAAAUGUACACUGUUAAACCCAACUUGUUGUUUCAACUUAAAUAUUUGAGUGUCCAUGCAGUGAAAGAAUUUUAUGUCAAGACAACAAAGACUUUAACUCAAAGAAGUUAACUCAAAUGAAUCUUGCUAUUUGACUCAAUAUUUUCAGUUAAAUUACUUUUUGCAAAAAUCUUUGUUGUAUUGAAAAGGAAAAAUUAGUAAUGAUAACAAACAAGCAACAUUGGGUUUUACAGUCGCAGCUAUUGUGAAUUUGUGGUUGUUUAAAAACACAGUGAAAGAUAAAGCUACAGAUAAUUCAGAGAGCCCAGACCUAUGUGUAAAUAUGUGUGUGUUCGCCCUGUAAUUCAGAUUCCCUUAAAAAUGAAAUGGAUUCUUUCUUGGUCUAUGCUACAUCCUAUCACCAAGUUUCAUGAAAAUCGGGCCAGUAGUUUUUCUGUAAUCCUACUGACAAAAAGCAAACCAGUAGAUAAACAAAGCCGAAAACAGUCUUCUUGGCGGUAAUAAAUGGAACACAAGAAAAAUCCCAAAUGUUAACUUUGCCUAAAUGCCACCAUUUGAGCCACUUUGUCAUCCAUAGGUGGACCAUUGGUAAAGUCUUUCAUUUAACUGGGUUAUAUUUGACAUACAGCACUUUGACUACUGGUGUUGCAUUUGAGUUAAUUGUAAAUGUUAACGAUGUGAAGUUGACAUGAAUUUGACAUGAAGUGCCUGGCUACUCUUUCAUAACUUUUUAAUAAAGGGACAGUCCACUCAAAACACAUUAACUUUAGUGCCUGUCUUAUAUUUUUCUUUCAAAGUGUCUCUGCAGGUUGUUUUUAUGUUGUGAACAAGGCAUGAACCAACCAAUCGGAUGUAGAGGUGGUAAUUUAUAAAUAAAGCUGUGUGAUUUAAAC